AUGUGCAGGGUGGUGGCCGGCUUCCGUGUGGAGCGGGAGGUCCUGCAGCGGGAUGUGGACCGAGAGCGGCGGCUGCGCCUGGACACCGAGGUGCGCCUGCGGGACUGCACGGCAGAGGCUGAGCGCUGCCGCGCGCGCCUGCACGCCCUCCAGAGGGAGCUCUCCCGGAUGGAAGAUUCGAUGCGGAGCAUGCUGCAGUACAAGGCACGCAGCGAGCAGCUGAAGCAGGAGAAGACGAGCCUCACCGUGGCGUACGAGAAUCGCAUACAUCAGUUCCAGAAUACAUUGGUUAAGUUAGGAAAUGAAAAUGAAGCUCUGAGGAAACAACUGCGGGCACUGGAAGCAGCUGGAGCAGGCGAAGUGCAAACUGCUCUUUUAGAGAGGCUACGUGUACUAGAAAACGAUAACUGUUCACUCAGCCGUGAUGCAGAAGUACAGAGACGGCAGUAUGAGCGUUGUCUUGAUGAUGUGGCAAAUCAAGUGGUGCGAGCUCUUCUGUCUCAGAAAGGCUUGCGAGAAGAAAUAGGCACUCUGCAACGACGUAUUAAAGAUCUUGAAGCUCAGAACCGAGCACUUACAGCAGUUUUAGUGCAGCAGUUGCAGCCUCAAGCCACUCCAUCUCCGGCAUCCAUGAAUGUACUGCUUCCCGGCUUGUGCUCAGCUACUCCAUCACCUGACACACCUGCCACUUCUCUUUCAACUCCAAGCAGUGGGGCACUUUGGGAAGACAUGUCAGUGGAACCUUUGCUCUGGUUACCAGUGACACGUCCAAGAUCACUUCCAUUGGGUGUUGGAACCAGCUCUGGAGCUGUGUCACUGGCUAACAGUACCACAAAAUGCUGUCAGCAUAGACGUUCGCGUCCUCUUCUUGCUACUGCAACUUCUGCAAAAAAGACAGAAGAUGUCGGGAGUGAAAGUCCUGAGAGUGGAAAUAGGGAUGAAGGUUAUUCAACCAUGUCAAGUGAUGUUCAAGCAGAAGCAGCACCAAAGCCUCUGGAAGCAGCUGGUGCCGGUUUAGAAGACGUGAAGGAAGCUUCUGAUGAAACAGAAACUGUGGCAGAUGUCCGGCCCAUCAAUUCUGGUGGCUGCCUGCUGGUUGUAGAAGAUGCUUGUGAUCCUGAUGUACUUUACAUUCCACUUGGUCUAACGGUUGGCAUUAAUCCAAGACACAGCUUUCCCCCAGCAAAGGAUCUCCUCCCGUAUCAACAUAUAAUGCGCAGCUUCUCGGAUUCUCAUCUCUGUCUCAAAAUUACCCCAUGUUCACCUUGUGCCCCAUUCUCAGCUUGUUCCCUGGCCUCCAGUGCUUCCUCUUCUCCCUCAGUUCUAGCACUAGAAGCUGCCACACCAGCCAGCAACUUAGCUGCAACAACUGCUCACCCUCUCCGUCGAACAAAGGCGACUGUCAGCCUCAGCUCAGCAGCGGCGACAUCUUCACAAAACAAUGAAAUUGCAGAUGAUGAUGAGGCUGGAGUGUGGUGGGAUUCUGAUUAUGUGCAGCAUUGGCUAAAACUGGAUGAAACACGUGGUGCUCUACAGCAACAGCAUCGAGAUAUGCUGGAACUUGAAUAUGAUCAGGCUGAACUAGAAGACUGGAGUAUGUCUUGUGAUGACUUUGCACCAGUUGUUGAAGGAAACACAGGAAACAUGUGGAGAAGAGAUCUGCCACAAGCUUUGCCAAGUAUACAAGAAAAUAACCAACUGGAAUUGGAGGAAGACACAAAUGAUUAUCAGUGGAAUAGCUCUAGCCAUCUGUCUAGCACUGAGCUAAUGACAUUACUUCUUGAUGUUGACCAGAAAAAUUAUUGGCAAAAUAACAACUAUGGGCUGUCUUCGCCUGGUGGAAGCUGGUCAAGCAAUUCCGAGGACUGCUGUCACUCAUAUGACUGUUCUUAUGCAGCUGGCUGUGAAAGCUCCUCGAAACGUUCAUCAGCAGCGAUGAGUGGUUGCAGUGAUGAUGCAGUGAGCUCAGAAUCACCCGCAGUGGGGACAGAUUUCACAAGGGACUUUUAUCGUCUAGUCAAAUUUGAAAGUACCAAAAGUUUGGCAUCAACAUCAUCACGAAGUCUUGUUGAUAAUGGAGGCUCACUAAAAAGAAAUCAGGAACUAUUACAAACAGCUCCCGACAGAGAGCAGGCUCUUCAGAGUGUUCUCACAUUCAUUGCUGAACAGCAACAGUAUUGCACUUCAAGGGAGGAGGAAGAUUUGGAAGUCACUGUUCAACCAACACCACUUUUACAAGAUGAGAAUCAGAACACUGUUAGCAAGGGCAGUGACGAUGAUGAUCUUAAUGAAGAAAAUUGUGCAAGUGAGAUGAAUGAUUCAAAUUCUCAUGAAGCUGAUCAUGAAUCAUGCUGCAGUAAGCCAUCAUUGGAUUUAGAAACAUCAACAAAUGACGAAGAUGAUAUUAUAUCUGUUGUUUCAAACCCUGGUGCUACCAAACCAAGAACUGAUGAGGCCAUUUCAGUUUCUCCAGAACACUGUAUUGACAAUGAAAACAGCAUUGUGGUCGCAAAUGAAAGCUGUAGUCAAGGCUGUGCAGCAGCAGAAACUUUUCAAGAUAGAAACUAUUUUAAGACAAAGCAACAAAAUGUAGAAAUAAGUGUACAGAAUGGCCACUCAGGUGAUUUUAUUGAUGGUGAGAUGGAUAAGGCAUCUGAAAAUGUAUAUAGCCAAGCUUCAGGUGCAGUGAGCCUUGGAGCAAGAGAAAGAAAUUGUGCUAUUCCCUUGGGUGAGAAUGAUAUAGCAAAAUCAUCUAACAGGAAGCAAAAGUGCCCUGAAUCACUGCUUAAUCAACAAAAUGACACUGCCCACAAAAAUAUGUUGAAUUCUUUGAAAGAUGAGGCAAAGUCUGAAGUGGACAGCUUUGAUCUCAACAGAAAAUCAAUGUGUGCUACAGCGAAACAGGACAGUUCUUUGUCUUGUAACACAAAUUCAGGUUCGGAACAGUCCUCAAAUAUUAAAGACUGUAAUUCAUAUGACAUAAUUGCCUCAAAUUCCCAAUCCUUACCAAAUUUCCCCAUUCAUCAUCUGCUGCCUAGCAGUGCUGAUGAUUCAGUAAAGACCAAAAGUAGCCAGGAUGGUGCUUUUGGAAGGGAAGGCUGCACUGGUGAUGAUGAAUAUAAUGUUCCUGCUCCAAAGGAAGUGAUGUUAAAAGACAUGAAUAUUGCUUCGUAUGAUUACAGUAGGGCUGUGCACUCUUCAGGUAGGGUAGAUACACUGAUGACUGUGAUAGAAGAAGAUGAGCAGACUGGUGGAAUGUGUCGAGAGAUGUCAGAGUCCUUGACAUCCACUGUUUCGACUCCUGACACUGUAGUGAACCGUUUGCAGUGUGACAAUAGUCCAAACAGUGUUCUUAUUAUGGAUGCUAGUGCUGUUAGUUUUCAUGAACAUGCUACGUCAAAGGAUGUUAUUGAAGAACUGAACCGCAUGAUCCGAAAAGGUGAAGAUGGAAUAUCUGGUAGUGAAAAUGAUGUCACUGCAGUUGGUGCUUCGAAGCUGGAUGUUGCCUGUUGUUGUCCAACAGGUUGGGUUCAUGUUGAAAGAGAUAUUGACUUCACAGAUCCAAAGGCCCGUGCUAAUUUACUUGAUGUGAUGUUAGCAUCAAGUGGUUCAUCUGGUGGUAGCAGUAACAGUGGUAACAGCAGCAACAGCAGUAGCUGCAGUGAAAGUGGUGAUGAACCUGCCGAUUAUCAGCACUUGCAUAGGUUGCAUCGUUUUCGUCGACAAAAGAAAGCGUCGGCAACCCGUGACCAGCUGGGUGUACUUCGUUACCCUGCAUCAGCACCUAGACCUUCCAUCAUAGGCAGAGAUGAUUUCUUUGUUCGAUAUGGUGAGAAAGAACGUGAAGCUGUGGCAAGUUUCGAUUUUUUGGAAGAGAUGUCUACUACUUCAGUGAGUGGUGCUUCUUCAUGUGACACUUUGGGAUCACGCAAACAGCUGCCUGCUGCCUCUGGUCAACAUGCAACGACUCCAACCCCGAAUGUGUCACCCACUAGUGAUGAAAGUGAUGAAAAAGUUGGAGGGCCAAUCUCCUUUAGUGAUUCUUGUGCAGCUAGCUUUUCUGGAUCAUCUAACAGCCUUGAAACACCAGGACAAUAGAAAAUCACGUCUAUCAACUUUAUUUCUCAGUACCUGCUCACCAAAACCUGUUACAUCAAUAAAAGGCAGCCAAGUCCAUUACUAAACUGAUAUCAUGUCAAUGUAGGUCCAUUUAUUUUCUGUGUCUGGCUCUUUUUAUGCACAAUAAGGUCAUAAUGCUAAUUCAAGGAAAUACUCAAGUCUUACUUUGUUUAUCAUAACAUAUGAAUAAAAAUGUUUUCUGUAAAUUAAGCAUGAGAGACGAAAGUAUUUUGUUCCUAUGAGUGAUGAAAAUAGACAUCUCUCAGCUGUAGGAGGAAGAGAAGUGUGUUUGACAACAAAGGUAACUCAGUCUCAUCAACAGAGCAAUAAAAGACUUCAAUUUAUUCAUAGCAAUAUUUUGUUCAUUAUCAAAAUGAGUCGUUUUAUGCUUAUGUGAGUUUAUUAUACAUUGCCACACAAUGUGAUUUGUGUUACUUUUGCGUGAGAACCAUUUCUUUCAUUAUUUUUUUCCCUCUUGUGAAUAUAUUUUGUUGAAAUGAAGAUUGUUUAUGCUAGAAAUAAACAGUGUACACCAAUGAGUCAAACAUCCAGCAACUUACAUAACCAUAGAUUAAUAUUCAUGUUUGGUGGAUGUUAAGCUCUGGGUGAUUUGCAGUGAUGUUUUAUUCAACUACGCAACUGCUCACUUGUUGAUAUCUCUCUCUCUCUCUCUCUCUCUCUCUGUAUAUUAUAGUAUUUGUUAUUCCAGAUAAAUGACUAUUAUUUUCAAAAUUCUUUCAACAUCUUCUGACUCAAUAAUCUGACAGAUGAACUGCAGAUGUGGAAUUUACCCACAACUGUUAUUCAUUUUUAAAGACAAUUGCUCUUGAAUUUCUGUGGAAACAAUUCCAUCCAUGAAACUAGAGAAUAAAAAAUCAGAAAAUUCACAGGAACAUAAAGACAGUGUGUUCUCUGAAAAUAUGUUGAUACUUUUUAUAAUAGUAUAAGUGUAACAUGGGAAGCACUUAUAACUUAAGAGAGCAUCUGGGCAUCUGUUAUUUCCAAAUUUACUCUAGAAAGAAUGCAAUUUGUCCCAAAAUGUCAACUUAUAUCUACAUUUUUGUUUUAAUAUUUAUGGCAAGCAAAAUUUAUUUGAAUGAGUUAUUUGAAUAAUAUGAAAACAACAAACUGCACUUUUGAAAAAGUGUAAAGGAGCUGAGGUUGCUGGUUAUAUUAUUAAACACUUACCACUAGCUAGAGAUAGACAACCUAUCUGAAAAUAAUAGAUAACACUAAUUAGGAAAGAACUUAUAUGAGGCUCACACUGACAAAAUAAAGUUUCAGUUAGCAAAGCUCACUGAUUUUCACUUCUGAAUGUUCUGCAGAAUUGAAGUGUGACCUCUUGAAAGGGGAUUUCAAGGAAGAUAGAUGCAUAUAAUAAUGAUCUUGUUUAUUGGCUGUCAUUCAAGAUUUGUUUUAAUCAAGUCCCCAUUUAGUUACCACAUUCAUAAGUUAGCUUUCUGACCAUCAACUGUUAUUGUUGCCCCUGUGAUCCAUCUCUGUACCUUUCUGCAAAUACCACUGACACUGCAUAUGCUUACUUUUCUCGGCAAUGGAAAUAAAUUAGAGAGUGUAGCUUUUCCUUUCUGUUCUUGGGACACUUUCAUUUUGUAUGGGGCCCAAAACUAACAUUUUUGUCACCUGAAUAUUGAAAUGAAGUACUAUGUUAAAAGCACCAAAUAGCAGCAGUUUUUCAGUUCAAAAAUGUUUGUCAUGUGUUAGAAUUACAUUAAGUUCUCAAGAUGGAUGAAAUAUAUAAAUCACAGUAUUUUCUGAAUAUUUAGAUUACCGAAGUAUUUACAAUAUUUAUCAUUUGCCAGUGUUAAAAUGGCAGUUGUCCAAACUAUUUUGGUGUUUUUUCAUAACAAAAUGUUGAUGUAAAUGUCUCCUAUAUGCAAAGUGGUACACUAAAAUUUAACUCAUAAAUAAUAAAUAUUUUUUGCAAAAUGAGAAAUAGCUGAAAUUUUAUCAGACUCAAGCGCAGUUUCUUUUGUGUGUGCAUUGUUUAUUUUUUAACCAAGAACUCAUGUCUUACUGUAAUUAAUUUACUUUCUUAUUUUGUGUUUAUGUUAACUCAUUGGUAUAUAUUAUGUAAAACAAUGGAUUCCCUAUAACAGUGAAAGAAUCUGUUGGCCUAAAAGCAGUGAGCUUAUGUGGAAAAAGACUGUAUGGUAAGAGUACAAGAAUUCAGGAACCAUAGAACUAUAUUAGUAUCUAAGUUCACUUACAUUAAAAUAGUAUUUUUUGAGGAAUUUUGUUUUAAAAGCUCAUACAACAACAAAGCUGUGUCAUUCAAUUAACAUUAUUCUGUACAAUGCAAUGUUUAAGAUAUCAUGUUUGAUGACUCUUCCUUGCACACAGCAGAUUCUAAUAAUACUGAUGAUGGUGUAAUCUGUCUGAGAUUCAUAAAAGUAAUGUUUAGAACCUAUGGGUAAUAUAGGCACAGUAAUAGUUGUUUGAGCAUAAUUUUUCUGCCAACUCAUGAAAGUGGAUAUUUUAUCAGUAAAAAGACAGUUGUCAGAAUUAGUAAUCAAGUAAUAGAAUCAGCAAAACUUAGCUGUAGUUGCAGAAGUAGGACGAGUAUAACUGCUGACACAGAGGAUGGAAAUAUGUUGCAGAUACCAUUUUGUAGACUAGGCUGAAGUGCAAUUUUAAUGUCUGUGUGACUCUUGUCAACACAGUGUGUAUUUUCAGAUGUAAAUAGUGUUUAUAAUAGAAUGAAUAUGUAGCUGUACAUGUCCUUCAAUAAUUAGAUGUUUCCUGAUUGCUAGUGAUUCUGAGAGUGAAAAAAAAUUGUAUGAAUGAACCGAAGAAUGAGUUUGUUAUUUAUUUUAUUGUGACAUUAUUUUUAAUUGUAAUGUUGUCAUUGUACAUGAUCUGUAAUUCUUAACCUACCGUGUUUAUAUGUUUAUAAAU